UUUUCUAAUUGCCCCGGGGCACCCCAACGUGACUUAGUACCGCCCAUUGGCUAUGGGAUAAAAUGUACUGCCAAGUCUAAGCUUCAUACAUUUUCUUUUCUUUUAUUUUUAAGGCGAGCUCUUUUGGAUGGUCUUUAAAGCAAUGGAAGGAACUUUUAGCAUGCUGCUAGCUAUCCUCUUCUUUUCCCCGCUCCUCUCAUAUUCCGAAGGUUUAUCAUGCAGUGGAGGGACUAUUCCUGUAUCACAAGCAGGUUCAUCUACCUGUUACAGUACAUAUUCUCAAUCAAGUGCUGUCAGUUUCUUUAAUGGAAGUGUUCAAGAUGGCAAUUGUGAGGCAUUUUCUCUUCUCAAUUUCUCUAAUGUGACACAUAACUGGUCUUCACAUUAUACUAACUGUGCUAAAGAUGGAAACUUGUUCAUUCAUUUAUUGUUGCCAGAUAGUUUUGGCUUGCCUCCUAAAUUAUCAUCCACUCAUUGUAUUCAAUAUAAUACAACAUCGUGUUCCUGUCAAAUGAACUGCCUGUUGCAUUUCUAUCAAAUACAGGGUGUACUUAACGGUCGCAAUCAUUAUAUAUACCUUGAAGGAAUAGACUGUAAUGAAACAUUAUACAAUACUACUAUAGAAGGGAUACAGUAUAACAAGGAAUCAAGUUACUGGUCUAACUUUACUGCCAAAGAAGAUUCUACACCUUGUAUAAUAGAUCCAGUGGUCAGUAGCAGUUCUCCAUUGAUCAGUAGUACUUCUGUUACUAGUUUUACUCGUAAUAUUAGGCCUACAUCUUCUAUCUUUUCAGAUCUAUACAUCUCCUCAACUGACUUUAUGUCACCCACUCCAUCAAGUACACCAAUGGCCUCACCCUGUCCCACUGCAUCUGUUACUGAUAAUUGCAGUAUUUGUUCUCAAUCUCCUAUCUUCAGUUACACUAAUGCUUCUCUAUUGUGCCAAAUGUCUCAUAUCAGUAGUACUAUGAACCAAGUUGUUCGUAAUCUUUUAGAAGGAUGUAAUACUACGUUUCUUAACAAUGAUGGCAGCUAUGUGACGUUAAAGAAUAUCAGUCGUCAGUAUGAAGCGUCUUUGUCCUCUUCCUAUUUCAUAGCAUCAGUGGCAGAUAGCAAUGGAAGCUCAAUUUGUAUCUUCUUUAAUGAAACAGAGUGGGAGUCUGUGUAUAGUUGUACAGGAGACACUGAUAUUCAUCAAUGCACUGUUGAUACUACUAGUAGUAGUAGUAGCAUUGGUAGCUCUAUUGCUACCUCGAUUGCUACAACAUCUACUGUUAGUGUUUCUUCUUCAUCAAGUUUAAUGGUUUCUGUGUCACCUGCUGCGUCCAAUGGCCCUAGCAACCCCUUACCAAUUUUUAGAGAGGUUUAUUUCAUAGCAGCUGUGGGCCUUGUGGGAAUUUUGUUAAUACUCCUCAUUCUACUAAUCUGUGUCUGUUUUAUUGUCAGAUCAAUGAGAAGAAGGAGAUCUAAGCAAUUCAGUCCAUCGACAGCAGCUGUGUCCGAUGUUGUAUCUCCUUUAUACUCAGCUGGUCAGACUAAGCUUACAGGAGCAGCUGUCAACAGUUCAGUGUCAACGCCCACCAUCCUCCAAGUGUACGGGAAGCCUGUCAUUGACUAUGAGAAGUGGAAACUGAUAUUCUCACGUUUUAUCGUCAAGUAUGACAAAAUAACUAUUUUGGAUACCAUUGGAGAAGGUGCGUUUGGUUUGGUUCAGAAAGGAUUCCUCUUAAAGGAAGGAGGAGAGAAAGUCGAAGUGGCCAUUAAAUCUAAUAAAAAUGUAUCUACUGCUGAGCAGCUGGAAGAAUUUAUGUCUGAAUCGGCAAUAAUGCUUGACUUUGAUCAUCCUAAUGUGCUCAAACUAUUGGGAGUGUGCUUUGAUACUGAGGAUCAACUACCUGUCAUUGUGUUACCUUUCAUGGCUAAUGGGGACCUCAAAAGCUACCUACAGACUAAAAGGAAGCUACAGUCGGAUCUUAAUGAUAUCAGUGUUCCUAUCCUAAUAAGAAUAUGCUUAGACAUUUGUCAAGGAAUGGAGUAUCUUGCACAGAAGAAAUUCGUCCAUCGUGACCUUGCGGCCAGAAACUGCAUGGUUGGCAAAAAUCUCAACGUAUGCGUUGCCGAUUUUGGACUCUCUCGUGAUAUAUACAGCAGGGAUUAUUACAGAUUGGAGAGGAGAGUCAAACUGCCUGUGAAAUGGCUGCCACCAGAGAGCCUCCAUGACAAUAUGUACAAUGAGAAGACUGACGUGUGGUCAUUCGGUGUCACAUGUUGGGAGGUGUUUAGCUUGGGCAAGACUCCAUACCCAGCCAUUGAUAAUCCUGAUGUUCUUAGCUACAUUGAGAAAGGAAUGAGACUAGCUAAACCGAAGCUAGCUCCAAAGGAAAUAUAUCUAUUGCUAUCACAAUGCUGGGACGAGGAUCCUGAUAAUCGCCCAUUAUUCUCUGAUCUAGUGAAGACAAUAACUGACAUACACACAAACUGGAAAGAGCACACGAGCAUGCUCCAGCGCAUGAUGGAAGAGGAGCUCCUCUCGUGUACCCAGGAGGAACUAGCAAUGGUGAACUCAGCAGGUGACAUUACAGCAAGUCAGGCUAGCUUUGCGAGACGCAUCCUUAGAAACAGUAGGACCAGUACAAGCUCGUUCAUACAGCUUAAAGAGCCUUCUGGCUACAUCUUACCAUCAUCCUCAGCUCAGAACAAUACUUUGGACUCUUCUGAUGAGUAUAGUCACCUCAAUCAUCAUUCUGCUGUUGUCCAGCCUAAGUCUCCACAUGGAGUCCCUCCUCCAGGGCAGUAUAGCUUCUCUUCACAGCUACUUGAUGCCCCAUAUGAUACGGCUGAUGUCUUUAAUGAAGGAUCGAUACAUCGACCUCCUUCGCUUGAGAAUUUUGGGCGAACUCUUGAUAGACGUGACGAAGAUCUUUCUCCUCCUCUUCCAGUCUUUGAGCAGCUGUACGACAAUCCAAAAGAUAAAAUCGAUCGUUUGGACGAAAUGGAAAUGGAUGUUGUGAAAAGGCCAGAGCGAUCUUCCAUCACAGACGAUAAAAAAAGACGCCAAAAAAGACCGAGACAUUCUUCUAAAUCCUCCACUGCUCCAUUGCUAUGCAGCACCAGCAGUAGCACUAAUAUGAAUGCUGAUUCACCUCUUGAAACUCAUUACUACUUUACACUAGAGAAACCGACAGAGUCUUUGUCUGUUUUCGGCGAAGACACGGACAAUUCAGACAGCGAGAGGAACAAAAUUAACGGGAUACUUAAAAACUCUGGUAGCAGUAAGUCUCCAAGUCCAACCAUGGGACAAGAAGUGGGUGGAGUUGGAGGUGUGGUCUCUUCAAAUAACAGGGACACUGCUUUUCAUAAGGGAAUCAAAGACAUUCCGACUCAUUUAAUGAGCGGCCGUGGUAUGAUCAGUAAUAACUCUAGUUUGAUGAGCAAUCAAGUUCCUUUAAAGCAGUUUUAACUUGUAAUCAUGUACCUAUCUUUAGCCCUCCUCUCUCUCUUUUGUUCUUUCUUUGUCAAGUAUAUAUAUCAUAAUAUUAUUUUUGUAUCGUUGGCAUCAUUGUUGUUAUUAUUAUUAAGCAGUAUUAUUAAUAAAAG